CGUCAACAGACCGGUCCACGUAGCGUUCGUGAUCGCCAGUACGUACCCGUGCGAUCCACGUCGAUCACGUGCACUCUCUAUCGCUCUCUCUGUGUUUGUGUUUGUGUGUGUGUGUAUUUGUUUGUUUGAGUACAACUCUUGUUUGUUAUCACCCGUCCGCGUAGCGACGACAUAAACAUUUCGACAUAAAUACUAGUAAUAAUAAUAUAACAAAUAAAAAGAACAAAAACCAAACGUUCCGGUCGUUGGAUCCGUCGCUGGAAAGUUUGAUUAUUUUUUUUUUUUUUUUUUAAAUUAUUAUUGUUUGUUUGCCCCUCCUCAAAAAAACUAUUUAUUCCGAAAUGUUAAUGACCCCCUCGAAUCGUUCAGAGUCGGCCGUCGUGACCAUUUGAAGACCAUCACUCAAAUAAAUGCGUUAUCGUUGACGAAAAACCCAUCAAAAGCUGUGAUUUGCAAAGAAAACAAAAAACAUACAAGAAAGUAAAAAUGUUUUUGGAAAACGAACACCAGCCGAUCAUGAGCCACUCGCCGUACGACCUGGCCCGGCCCGCUAUGGAUCACCACCAUCACCUACACCAUCAUCAGACGGUGGCCGCAGACCUGCACCACCAAGACGACUCCGAAGGCCGGAGCACGGCCAGCUCGCCGACGUCCAUUUACCGGGACCUGUCGGGAUGCGAGGACUUCGACUUGAAAAUUCCCAAGCCGUCCGGCGGAAUGGGCUCCGGCGCCGGUAACAACAACAACAACAUCAACAAUAACAACAAGGAACAGAAACCCAAGAAACACAAGUGCAAGCACUGCGGCCUGGAGUGCACGGAGAAAGUUCAGUACUGGAAACACAUCCGCACUCACAUCAAGCCGGAACAGUUGCUCGAGUGCCCGAACUGCGAGUUUGCCACCGACCUGAAACACCACUAUGAGUACCACUUGCUCAACCAUACGGGCGCCAAGCCGUUCACGUGCCCCGACUGCGACUACAAGUGCGUCAGCAAGUCCAUGCUCCAGUCUCAUCUCAAGUCGCACUCCAACGUGUUCCAGUUCCAGUGUUACGACUGCGGGUACGCUUCCAAGUACAUGCACAGUCUCAAACAGCACCUGAAGAAGCGCGAUCACCGGCCGGCCACGCCGCUCAACCCGGACGGCACGCCCAAUCCGGACAUCGUGAUCGACGUGGUGGGCAACCGCCGCGGUCCUCGUCAGAACAAAAAGCAUAGUCGACACAACCCGUACCACCAGCAUCAGCAUCAGCAACAGCAGCAGCAGCAACAUCACCAUCACCACCACCAGUCGGCCGUGAUCCACUCGGACGACAGCCACCCGUCGCCGUACUCGAUGCAACAACUACUGCAGAUACCCACGACCGGCGCUUCGAUGCAGUACUCGACGGCCGCCGAGUCGUUCAUGUAUUCGAUGAUCACCAAGCGCACCAUGGAGAUCGCCGACUACCAGGCCGAGUACUUGGCCAUCAAGAAUAACAACAACACGACAGCGGUGGACGACAAGAUGGACAUUCAGUGUCCGCAGGACCUGGUCAAAGUUGAUUUGGCCGUCAGCGGUGGCGACAGGACGCCCGAACCGGCGGAACCGCACCCCGCCCAGCCCAUUGCCGUCGUCGCCACGGCCAUCACUGCGGACACGCAGGGCCCGUUGAACCUGAGCAAAGACUCGGUGACGCCGCGAGCGGCCGGCAGCAGCAGGCGCAAGGGCAUAGCGUGCAAGCUGGAGAGACCGGAGCCGGCCAGGGCCCUGGAACCCGUGCAGGCUAAAACGCCCGAGCCGCAGGACGAAGUGGUAAUGAAGGACGAACCGGCCGCCGACAAAGAGGACGGCACCCACUUGUGCCACCACUGCGACAUUAUCUUCAAGGAGAGCAUCAUGUACUCGAUGCACAUGGGUUUCCACAGUUUCCGGGACCCGUUCGCUUGUAACCUAUGCGGCGAGAUCACUGCCGACAAGUUUUCGUUCUUCGCUCACAUUGCUCGAGUGCCGCACAGUUAGGCGGCCCUCGACGUCGACGGCGGCUAAGAGAUAAAUAAUAUAGUACAAAAUGAAAAAAAAAAAAAUGUUUUUAAAAAAACUUGUAUAAAAUAAAAUGUAAAUAAGUCUUCUCGCCUCCGAGACAUUGCGCGCGUUGUAUAGUAUAGGAUUUAUUGUAUAAAGAAAACAUAAAUACCGUUACUCUCCCAAAGACCGCCUCUUGCCUAUACUUACCGUGUUUAAGUUAUGUUUUUUUUUAUUAUUAUUUUAUUGACAAUUAAUCGUUUCGGUGUCGUGAGAAUCGCAUCUUCCGCUCGAGUAUAUCGGAAAUGCGAUUUUCACGACCCCGACGGUCGUUGUGUCGACUCUGAAAUGUUAAGCCUCUGCUGUUAACGUUUCAGAGUCGAUUGCCAAAAUUAUAAUAAUAAAAUAAAACCACCUCACAGCGAUUAUGAACCAACGUUUUGACCCGAACAAAGCCUCACGAGCGAAAUGCAAUUUUUUUUUUUUGUUUCAGCGGUUUUUGUUUGUUUAUUUUAAUUUUUUUUACGUUUUCAUCGUAGAAAAAAGUGGGUAGGUACACACAAACGCGUUUGAUUGUUUUGUAUUUCCCUUUCGGUCCGGUCGACGGGUCGAAUUUAACAGAUUUUAAUAAAAAUUAUAUACAUGUUCUCAAUAAUUUAAGUUACACGUAUCAAUUUUUUAUCUCGUCGCCGUUUUUUCUUGUACAUUAUUUAGAUUAUAAUAUUAUUAUGACCUUUUUUUUUUUUAUAAACAAUCUAGUCUCCAUUAUUAUUAUUAUUUUUAUUAUUAUUAUUAUAAUAUUAUGUACGCUGACCGUUAUCGCUUAUAUUAUCUCUCUCUAUCUAUCUAUCUAUCUCUCGUUCUCUUGCUCUCUACUUCUUUAUAAACUUAGGUUAUACUAUAUAUACAUAUAUAAAUUGGUAAAAAGUAUUAUAAAAUUUGUUUUUUUUUAAGCGUAUAAAAAUAAUAUUUUGGUUUUUUUUUGUCGUGUUCGUACCUAUAUUAUAUUUUGUGAUAACAUUAAGGUUGUUGUUGUUUGGCGACGGCAUCGAUUGUGUGGGCUGGUUAAAAUUGCUAACUAAUAUAAUAUUUUUACAAGCAAAGUGAAAAAGAAACUCAUUUUUGUUUUCCCUCGCGGUGUACAUUGUAUAAUUAUAUAUACAUAUAUAUUAUACAAAUAUAUACACGAGUGAUGGUUUUUUAGUUUAUUUUAAUUUUAAUUGUAAAAUAAUCAAGUCCGAAAAAAGUAUUAAUGACAUACAUAUGUAUUUUAUUUUUUUUUUGUUUAUCGUCGCGGUGCUUGAAUGUAUUUUGUAAAUAAAUAAUAAUAAUU